GUCCCCAGCUCAGCCUGGGCUCAGGUUCCCCUUUGUGCAUUGGAAGUGGCCCCUGAAACAUUAAUGAAGCCACCGGAUCACCGGGAAGGCACGGGGGGGGGGGGGGGGGGGGCCCAGCCCCGCACCCCUCCUGUUCCCCACGGCACCCGCCAGCUCCCGUCCCCGUUGAGCCCCUCACCAUGACCCAGGGCUUCUGGCGGAUCUACAAGACCAAAGUGCUGCAGACCCUGGGGGGGGCACGGGCGGACGGGGUGCUGCAGGAGGAGGGAGACACCCCUGAGCUGAUGGAGACAGCCGAGCCCCCCGCGCUGAUGGAGGAGGGACCCAGCCCCGUGUCCCAGCUGGCGAGGAAGGUGCAGGGGGUGGGUGCCCGGGGCUGGCGGACGUUUUCAUCGCUCUUCACCCGUGAGGACGAGCACCAGCUACUCAGCCCGGAGGCCUGUGCAGACCACCCGCUGGCUGCUGAGCCGCCUGAGCCUCCCCCCUCCGAGAAGGCACCUGGUUUUUGGGAUCUCUUUGCUACCAAGUGGCAGCAAGCGUCAGGGCCGGACAAGGGGGCACCCCCCCCGGAGCCGGACGAGAGCCCCGGGGAGCCGCCGGGUGACGAGGGUGGCGACCUGCGGGAGCCGGAGGAAGGAGCCUUCCACUGGGGCUUCCUGGCCAGCAAACUGGCCGAAAUCCGGAAUAAAAACGCCCCCAAGGACAACUAGAGGAGGAUGUGCCGGCUGGACUCUCCAGCAGUGGGGACAGCCCCCCCACCGCCGGUGGGCAGCCCCCUGCCCACGCCUGAGGGCUCCAUGGUGGGUUUCGGUGAUGUUUCUGCACUAAAGACCCCGAGGUGCCCCUU